ACCCCCAGAUGAAGCACUAUGCAUACACGUAAGAACUUCACACCUUCAGCAGAAUUUUGACCAAACAGCAGAUGAACUCCCAGAUAGUAUCAUAAAGAGACACAAAACCAGCAUGAGGAACAAGUAUGAAAACUUAUUUGAGGGAAUCCGAACAGGUGGGAAUAAAACCCUCCUAAAUAGGAUUUACACACAGCUCUAUAUCAUAGAGGGAGAGAGUGAAGGAGUGAAUAAAGAACAUGAGGUGCUACAGAUGGAGAAAACAACCAGGAAACACUUCCAAGACACUCCAAUCAACUGUAUAGACAUCUUUAAACCUCUACACGGUCCUGAAAAAGAAAAGCAAGAAGUGAAAAUUAAAGAACCAAAGAAGAGUACAAUGAAGCAGUAUAAAGAGAACAUUAAAGCUGUUUUCAAAUUUAAAAGUCACAGACAGAAAAAAGGAAAAGAGGACAAAAAAACAAAAGUCUCAAAGCUCAGAACUGUCCUGACUAAAGGCAUUGCUGGCAUUGGAAAAACCGUCUCUGUGCAGAAGUUCAUUCUGGACUGGGCUGAAGGAAAAGCCAAUCAGGAUGUAGAUUUCAUGUUUGUGCUUCCGUUCCGGGAGCUGAACUUGAUUAAAGGUAACAAAUACAGUCUUCGUGGACUUCUGUGUGACUUCCAUCCUGAGCUUAAAGACCUCAAUCCAACGAUGUAUGACGAGCUCAAAGUUGUGUUUAUAUUUGAUGGUCUGGAUGAAAACAGAAUUCCACUGAACUUUUCAAAAAGUAAGAAAGUAUCUGACAUCACCAUGACAUCAUCAGUGGGUGUGUUGAUGACAAACCUCAUCAAAGGAGAGCUUCUUCCCUCUGCUCUAAUCUGGAUAACCUCCCGACCAGCAGCAGCCAAUCAGAUCCCUCCUCAGUACAUUAACCGUGUGACAGAAAUUCAGGGAUUCAGUGACCCACAGAAGGAGGAGUACUUCAGGAAGAGGAUCAGUGAUGAAGAGCAAGCCAAGAGAAUCAUCUCCCACAUUAAGACAGUGAGGAGCCUCCACAUCAUGUGCCACAUUCCAGUCUUCUGCUGGAUCUCAGCCACUGUUCUUCAGAGAAUCAUGACACAAAGUAGCACAGAAAUCCCUACAACUCUGACUGAGAUGUACUCACACUUCCUGAUCACUCAGACAAACAUGAAGAAUGAGAAGUAUGAGGACAAAGAUGAGAGGGACCCAGAGAAACUGCUGGAGUCCAAUAGAACUGUGCUUCUGAAACUGGCUGAAUUGGCUUUCAAACAGCUGAUGAAGGGCAAUGUGAUGUUCUAUGAAGAGGACCUGAGAGAGAGCAGCAUUGAUGUCACUGAGGCCUCAGUGUAUUCUGGGAUUUUCACUGAAAUCUUUAGGGAGGAAUCUGUGAUUUAUCAGAGGAAGGUCUACUGCUUUGUUCAUCUGAGCUUUCAAGAGUUCCUGGCAGCGGUUUAUGUGUUUCACUGCUAUGAUAGCAACAACAAGAAGGCGCUGGAUUGUUUUAAACCACAGUUUAAACAGAGGUCUCAGAAACAAGUUCCACUGGAUGAACUACUGGAGAGAGCUGUAGAUAAAGCUGUGGAGAGUCAGAAUGGACACUUGGAUCUUUUCCUCCGUUUCCUGCUGGGCCUCUCACAGGAGUCCAAUCAGAAACUCUUACAGGGCCUUUUGAGGCUCACACACAUCAAUUCAGAGAAAACCAUACAGUACAUCAAGAGCUUAAUUAAAGAGGAUGAUAAACAUUAUCACAUCUCUACUGAGAGAUCCAUCAAUCUGUUUCUCUGUCUGUCUGAAAUGAAAGACCGGUCUCUCUCCAGAGAGCUUCAGGAGUAUCUAAAAUCAGAGAGACACUCAGAAGAAAAGCUCUCUCCUGGACAGUGUUCAGCACUAGCCUGCAUGCUUCUGACCUCAGAGAAAGUGCUGGAUGAGUUGGACGUGAAGAAGUACAACACAUCAGAGGAGGGUUACAGGAGACUGAUCCCAGCUGUGACUGCCUGCAGAAAAGCUCAACUAGCUGGCUGUAAUCUCACUAAGGACUCCUGUGAAACUCUCUGCACUUCUCUACAAUUAGGAAACUCCUUGCUGAAAGAGUUGGACCUCAGUAACAAUGACUUGCAAGAUUCAGGAGUGGAGUUGCUCUCUGCUGGACUGAAGAGUUUACAUUGUAAACUUGAGAUACUCCGAUUAUCUGGGUGUAUGAUAACAGAUGAAGGUUGUUCUUCUCUGGCUUCAGCUCUGAAAUCAAACCCCUUUCACUUGAGAGAACUGGAUAUGACAUAUAAUUACCCAGGACAAUCCGGAGUGAAGCUGCUCUCUGAUCUACUGGAGGAUCCAGACUGUAAACUGGAGAAGUUACAGGUGGAAUUUGGAGGGAAGAACAGGAUGAAACCAGGACUAAAGAAAUAUGCCUGUGAUCUCACUCUGGACCCAAACACAGCACACCCACUUCUCCGCCUGUCUGAAGGGAACAGAAAAGUGGAACGUGUGAGAGAAAAACAGACAUAUCCAGAUCAUCCAGACAGAUUUGAGCGGUGGGGACAGGUUCUGAGUGUGGAGAGUCUGACUGGACGCUGUUACUGGGAGGCUGAGUGGAGCGGGAGGAAGGGAGUUGAUAUAGCUGUGACAUACAGAGGAAUCAGCAGGAAAGAAGAUGGUGAUGACAGUCAGUUUGGUUGUAAUAAACAGUCCUGGAGGUUGAAGCACUAUGGUAACAGUUACUCUGUUUAUCACAAUGGAAAUGAAAUUGUGUCGUUUCCUCACUCAGACCACUGUGACAGAGUAGGAGUGUAUGUGGACUGGCUGGCCGGCACUCUGUCCUUCUACAGCAUCUCACCUGACACACACACAUGGACUCACUUACACACAUUUUACACCGCAUUCACUGAGCCACUCUACGCUGGGCUUGGAGUUGGUCUUGGAUCAUCAGUGCGUGUAUGUGAGAUAGAAUAGCCUCUAUGCACGAUUUUCACUGAUGAUGCACUUUAAUUUCUCACUCUUUCAAUGACAUAACUUAUGUAUAUUGUAUUGUGCCACUCAUCUGUGUGUCCAAGAAGGGACUUUAGGAGAACAGUAUGCAAAUAUGUGCCAUGGGCAGAGUGAAUGUGCCUUUUGCCCUUUAUUGAGUUUCCUAACUUCUGUAAAUAGUACUU